AUGAAAGGCAACAACCAAUCGCCCGAGCUGCCCCCGAGCACAACCACCAGUGUCCUCAAGGAGCUGUCGGGAACCAGGGAGGAGGUGGAGCGCGCCCGCGAGGCGGCGGUGCAGGCGUGGCUGGCGUCCAUGCCGCUCAGCGAGGAGCUGGAGCGGCUCCGCGCCGAGCUGGUCGCGGCCAAGACCCGCCUCGCCGCGACGGCGGCCGAGAUACCGCUGCUCAAGUCGCAGAUCGAGUCCACGAACGGCGCGAUCGCCACGAGGCAGGAGGCGGCGGCCAGGAAGAAGGCCGCCGCGGAGGACCUCCGCCGGCACGUCGACGGAGCGCGCGCCGACCUCCGCCGGCUGCGCGCGGAGAUCGCGGCGUCGAGGGGCGCCAAGGACGCGCUCGAGCAGCGGGUGCUCGUCCGGCGCCAGGCCGCGCGGGCGCUUCAGCUGGCCGAGCGCGCCAUCGCGGCGGAGGCCCACGCGCUGGCGUGGUCCGAGGCCGCGGCCUCCGAGCUGACCGCGCGCGCGCGCGGCAACGAGGAGGACCCCCACUACGACGUCGUGGCGCUGCCGGCGCGGAAGCUCGAGGAGCUGCGCAGGCUCGUGGAGGCCGAGGAGCAGAAGGCCGAGGCGCGCGUCGAUGAGGCCGAGGUGGCGCGGCGCGCGGUGAAGACGCGAAGAGCGGCCGCCGUGGCGAGGCUGGACGCAGCGCGCGCCAAGAGGCGAGUGGCCGCUGAGGCGACGCUUGGUCGCCGCGCGAACGGGGACGAUGGCCGCGGCACGCGGGCGAGGAGCGCGCUGGUCCCGAAGAGCCGGAGCGGGAGGUCGUGCUUCGAGGUGAAGAAGCUGCGGAGGUUCCUCUGCAACCUAACCAAGGAUUGA